AAAAGCUUUACUGUGUGCUUCCUACGUGUGAACUGCUGCGUCAUUUGGGGAUUUCUUCAUCAAGUUUUCGAAACCGAAAUCAAGUAAUGUAUAUGAAUCUCUGAUUUUGAUUUAAUUGAAGUGUACUCUCCUUUCUCCCUUUCUGUGUUUGAUUUUGAGUCCUCGGAAGGAAGUUAAGAAAUUGAAAAAAUGUCUUUGGAAGAAACAGUAAGUGUUGUAGGAAGUGAGGUAAUGCCUUUGGAGUAUGGUGGGAUGGACUCAAAAAGUAGUCCAUCUAGUUCGGAAAGGACAGUGGAGGGAGUGGGAGGAGGGGAGGUAGUUGGGGUUGAGGGAGAUAGUGUACCCAUCACUAUGGUAGAAGUGGAGGGUAGGAGAGAGAGGUGCUAUGAUGUAGAUGCAGACAUAGUGGAGGAGGUGAAACAGUAUGAGUCUGAGCUCGGGACCAGGGAUAGCAUGGGGUAUUUGGUGGAAAGUUAUGAGAUUUUCUCCCGAGUGUUAAUUAGGCCAGCUGGGGGUAGAGGAGAGGGUGUGUUCUGCUCCUCGGGAUCAUUGGAUGCCUGUGAUGAGGAGGAAGAGGUGGGGAAGUUGGUGAGGGAGGGGGGAAAGUUAGUGAACAUCAUGUACCUCACCAACGCCGAAUGCAUAGAAGCUACUGAGCUCUAUGGGCCAAGCGCUUUGAGUGAAGCUAAAAUGGACAAAUUCUUGGGCGCUGCUGGAGGUGUUGCCAUCCCCAAGAAGCCAAGGAAGAAGUCAAAGACUUCAACGAAGCAAGUGGAUGAGGGAGGAGUUGGAAGGGAGGUAGUGCCCAGCACUUUAGCCGGGGUGGAGGAAGAGGUGCCAAGGCUGGAGUUGAAAAGAAAGGGUAGGGAGGAGGGAGGGGCACUACAGAAGAAGAAGAGGGUGGUGGAAGAAGAGGAGAGGGGGAGCGAGGUUCCCCAGUUCGUGCUUCAGCCUCUUCCUGUUGAGCUCGACCCUGGGCUCAAGGAAUUUGAAGAGGGGGCUGAGGUACGAGCUCCUGGCAAGGGAGAGGGCCUUGUUCCCCCGUUGUCCUUUCAUGGUAGCCUGUUCGAGGCGAAGAACAUGACGGGGGGCCAGGAGGUUCAUCAAUUCCACCUUCCCGGAAGUGGACAAGCGUCACGCACGGGACGAGGCUCUGAGGUACUGUGGGGCUUCGGUAGUGAAGCAUGUUUUGGAGGCAAGGCUUGUGAGUAUUGGUUGCUCAAGAACUCUGACCUUGGCAUAGAGAUUGGAUUGGUGAAUAGGUUAAUCUUACCAUCUUGCAAAUUGCUUAGAGUGUGUUGACUAGACCAUCUUAAAGUAGAUUAUUUCUUUCUCAGGUUAUUCUAUUACCUUUGUUAUCAUAUUAUCUUUUUUUUAGACUUCCCUUUAGUUCCUUUCAUUUAAAGUAGAUUUAGAUUGUGUUGGUUUUUUUAACUUUAUUUCUCUUUUCAAAUAUUUUGAUAUGUUUAUGAAUUUCAUGGCUAAUAUCACCAUUGUUUGUGACUCUCAUGGACAAAUUAAAUAAAACUAAUUCACUUAU